UACGGACAUGCAUGCACCAGCACAUCGAGCGAGCGAGCGAGGAUGGAUGGAGAGGGGGAGAGAGAGGGAGAGAUGCUUUGCACUUCAAGAGUGUUUUUCAGGCGCUCCGACCGCGGCGCCAUUCACUGCUUCAGUGGAGCUGCUUUUUUUCCCAAUGUUCGAUUCUUUUUCUCAUUUUUCUGUGCUUCAUACCAGUCAAAAUGCAGCUGCUGGUCUCACUGAACUGGAGGUCUCGCCAAAGGGAGGACUUUGACCUGUCAUCUUCACUAAAGUGAAUGUCGUAAAUGAUUGAAGCCUUGUUGUCAGCCCACAGAACAGAACUUAAGAUGUUCUGAAUAGGGCAUGACAGCACUGAGGCACUCCAAACAAUGUCAGACAACAAGAACCGUACGGCGAGGACACGCUGAUUAAAUAAAGGAAGGCAGGUUGUACCCUGGAUGGAAAUAUUUCAAAGGAUUAUCUCUGAGCUCAGGAGAUGGUCUCCUGACUGACCCCACCACACAUCAAAUUGAACAUCGGAACAUCCUGGGCAAUGACUGCUCUCCUGACCCAAACCGCUACUGCUGGAACUGCAGCGUUUCUGCUGGCGAGCACAGACUCGCCCUUUAACCUGACUCUCACCUCGACACGGACAGAAUUCGCAUCAGGCCGCCCGCUGGCACCUCUUUGUACCGUCUGCUGCUGCGGAUUUCUCAAUCGCACCUUUGCGGUGGUCUUCAUGGUCAGCCUGGCUUUUGCUAUCGUGGUCGGGAAUGUGAUCACUCUGACCGUGUUUGUGCAGACGAGACAGUCCAGAACACCGCAAGGCUACCUGAAAGUGUCUCUGGCCAUAGCGGACAUGAUGGUUGGCGUCCUUGUGGUCCCUUUCUCCAUCUACACCGAGAUCACAUUGAUGGUCACCGCGGUGCCUCCCAUUUGGUAUCAGGGGGGUUCUACGUCUGCAUCCUUUGGAGCGCUGGGAAGCUCAUUCCAGCCGUGCAUGCUGAUCGGACCCGUGUUUGCCGGCUGCACCUUUGUCUCCAUCAGCACCAUCUUUCUCAUGACACUGGAGCGAAGCGUAGCCAUCUUGCGACCGCUUCACAAGGACGCCUUGGUGACACGGAGAAGAACUCUGCUUCUCAUUCUGCUCUCCUGGGCCACCAGCUUCCUGCUGGCGCUUUCUCCACUCAUCUUCAGCAGGAAUUUCACUUUGGAGUACAACGAGUGCAGCCGAAUGUGCAACUACACCCCGCGGAUGCUCGGAAAACAGCUGCCGCUUGAAUCCAACAUCUUGCUGUUGUUUCCGGCAUUUGACUUCACUCUUCUUGGUGGAACCCUCGUAGUUAACAUUGUGUCUUUCACAAGCAUCAGGGAGUACUCCAGGAAACGCAAACUGCUCGCAGAGGGCAGUUUGAGUGAUGGAGGUGGAGGUGGAGGUGGAGGAGGAAUGGCUUGCCCACACAGACCCUCAUUUUCGGACAUAAAGGCCGCUAAGACAAUAAGCAUAUUAACAUUUGCCUUCACCGCCUCCUUUUCCCCCAUUGCGGUGUUUGUGCUCGGGAAUGUGGUCGGAUAUACUUGGUGCAACUUCUCCUUUGUUGCCUUCUGGAUUCUAACAGGAAACAGCUGCUGCAACGUCAUCAUCUACAGUGUCAGGGACCACCGCUUUCGGAAGGGAAUGACCCUUCUCUUUCAGCGUGAACACUUCCCCCCACAGGGGGAAAAAACAUGAGGCAUAUUGUGUUAUGUAUGGGAGAUUUCUUGAUGUUGUC